CGACGCUGAUUAAGUGAAGUUGUUUGGGCAGUACAAGAGCGAAGAGUAGUGUUGAAAGGGCUUCAGUUCAUGUUGUUGCUAUCGGGACGCACGGUUCUGCAGCUUUUCAUACAUAGGUUCACCAGCUGCGGUCCAUCUCCACUACCGAAGCCCAUCUGGGUCAGUUCUGUGUUAGUAAAACUCGGAGAGAUAAACGGCGCUACACACAGUUCAUUCUUCAGUAACGUAAGCGGCCAAUAUACAGGAACCAUGCCCGAAAGAAGGCCCUUCGUGCGGUUACCUACUGACGUUUACCCUGUCAACUAUGGGUUAUGUCUGAGGCCAGACCUGAUCGACUUCACUUUUGACGGCAAGCUGGAGGCACAAGUGGAGGUGACGCAGGCUACAAAUCAGAUUGUGAUGAACUGCGCUGACAUUGACAUUAUAACAGCUUCUUUUGCACCAGACGGAGGAGAUGAAAUUAAUGCUACAGGUUUCAACUAUCAAAACGAGGAUGAAAAAGUCACCCUGUCGUUUCCUAGUGCCCUACAGAAAGGCUCUGGCACAUUGAAGAUUGACUUUGUGGGGGAACUGAACGACAAAAUGAAAGGAUUCUAUAGAAGUAAAUAUACAACACCUUCUGGAGAGACCCGGUAUGCAGCUGUCACACAGUUUGAGGCCACAGAUGCUCGCAGAGCUUUUCCCUGUUGGGAUGAGCCCGCCAUCAAAGCUACCUUUGACAUCGCCCUGAUAGUUCCCAAGGACAGAGUUGCCUUGUCCAAUAUGAAUGUCAUUGAUCGAAAGCCAUACCCAGAUGAUGAAAACCUCGUGGAAGUAAAGUUUGCUACCACACCCAUCAUGUCCACUUACCUCGUAGCUUUUGUGAUUGGUGAAUAUGAUUUUGUGGAGAGCCAGUCGUCAGAUGGUAUAAUGGUACGCGUCUACACACCUGUCGGGAAGGCAGAACAAGGGAAAUUUGCAUUGGAGGUUGCUACUAAGACCUUACCUUUCUACAAAGACUACUUCAGUGUUCCUUAUCCGUUACCUAAAAUUGAUCUCAUAGCUAUCGCUGAUUUUGCUGCUGGUGCCAUGGAAAACUGGGGCCUUGUUACAUACAGGGAGACUGCACUACUAAUUGAUCCGAAGAACUCCUGCUCGUCAUCCAGGCAGUGGGUGGCACUAGUGGUUGGACACGAACUCGCCCACCAGUGGUUUGGAAACUUGGUCACCAUGGAAUGGUGGACUCACCUCUGGCUUAAUGAGGGGUUUGCAUCCUGGAUUGAGUAUCUGUGUGUGGAUCACUGCUUCCCAGAGUAUGAAAUCUGGACCCAGUUUGUCUCGGCAGACUACACCCGCGCUCUUGACUUGGAUGCACUGGACAGCAGCCACCCCAUAGAGGUGAAUGUGGGUCAUCCAUCAGAAGUAGAUGAAAUAUUUGACGCAAUCUCCUACAGCAAAGGAGCAUCUGUGAUCCGUAUGUUGCACGACUACAUUGGAGACGAGGACUUUAGGAAAGGGAUGAAUGCCUAUCUUUUAAAGUUCCAACAUAAAAAUGCAUCAACAGAGGACCUCUGGGAUUCUCUGGAACAGGCGAGUGGGAAACCCAUCGCAGCAGUAAUGAGCUCAUGGACCAAGCAAAUGGGCUUCCCAAUAAUAGUAGUUGACCAGGAACAGCAAGGUGAUGACAGGGUCCUUAAGAUAUUGCAGAAGAAGUUCUGUGCCAGUGGACCACAUAAUGGUGAGAGUUGUCCCAGUUGGAUGGUGCCUAUUAGCAUUUGUACUAGCGAGGACCCCAAAUGCUCCAAGCUCAAGAUUUUGCUGGACAAAGCUGAGACAACUGUGACUCUGAGUGGCGUCGGUCCUGAUCAGUGGAUCAAGAUCAACCCUGGAACUGUGGGCUUUUAUCGGAUCCAGUACAGCUCAUCCAUGUUGGAGAGUCUGCUGCCGGGAAUCAGAGACCUUAGCCUGCAGCCUGUGGACCGACUCGGCCUGCAGAAUGACCUCUUCUCUCUUUCUCGUGCAGGGAUGAUUAGCACAGUGGAGGUACUGAAGCUGAUGGAGGCAUUCGUCAACGAACCGAACUAUACUGUUUGGAGCGACCUCAGCUGCAACCUGGGAGUGUUGUCUUCGCUGCUAUCUCACACGGAGUUUCACGAGGAGAUCCGGGAGUUCAUCCGGGACCUCUUCUCACCGAUUGGCCUCAGGCUGGGCUGGGAUAGCAAACCAGGGGAAGGCCAUCUGGACGCUCUACUGAGAGGCCUAGUUUUGGGCAAACUGGGAAAGGCGGGACACAAACCCACACUGGAAGAGGCCAGACGGAGAUUCAAGGAGCAUGUGGACGGGAAGCAGGUGCUGCCUGCAGACCUGAGGAGCCCAGUGUAUCUAACAGUGCUGAAGCAUGGUGACAGCACCACACUGGACACGAUGCUGAAGCUCCAUAAACAAGCAGACAUGCAGGAGGAGAAGAAUCGCAUUGAGCGAGUGCUCGGCGCCAUCUCUGCUCCUGAUCUAAUCCAGAAAGUCCUCAACUUCGCCCUCUCGGAAGAGGUUCGUCCCCAGGACACGGUGUCUGUAAUCGGAGGGGUGGCCGGAAGCAGUAAGCAAGGCCGGAAAGCUGCCUGGAAAUUUGUCAGGGACAACUGGGAAGAGCUUUACAAUCGCUACCAAGGAGGCUUCCUCAUAUCACGCCUCAUCAAGCUUACAGUCGAUGGAUUUGCUAUUGAUAAAAUGGCAGCUGAAGUCAAGAGCUUUUUCGAGAGUCACCCUGCCCCGGCUGCUGAGCGCACCGUACAGCAGUGCUGCGAGAACAUCCUCCUGAACGCUGCCUGGCUGAAGCGUGACGCAGAUGACAUUCACCAGUAUCUACUGCAGCGCAAGGCGCCCCCUGUCUGAGCCGCCUGCCUGCUGCAUGCUCUCCUCCAGCCGCCCCCCCACCCCCAGUACGGACCUCCCAUCAUCAUAGCCGUCUCACCCACCUUCCGUGACUUUAUAUCAGAAGGGGAGACGAGAGUACUUCUAGCUUCAUUACCCUGAACUGUACAAAACAAGAAGACAACGCCAAGGAUUGAACAGAGCUUCAGAAAGAUGAGGGGAAAAUAACGAGAAAAGUCCACUUUAUCAGACCAGGAAUGUAGGUUCCAUUCUGUCCAUGACCAGAGGACAUAUUCAUCAGUCGGUGCGCAACACUACUAAAGCUGUGCUCAUCAGAGAUGCAGAUACAGUAUAACCCUGCGUAGCCACCCUGUAUCACGUGCCCUCAUAUGCACACCUUCAUCCAUCCCUGCAUCAUAGCUGAGAUAACUGUGAACCGACCCCCCCCUACUCAUUUUCUCUGCUCUAUCCAUACAUUUUGUAUGCAUGAAGUGUCAUUUUUCAGCUUUGUUUACCUCAGUAGGUUUGUAAGAAUUUCCCAUUUGGUUUUCCCAUCUCCUCACUUUGUCUCCUAACCCUCCUACUCUUCUUUCAGGCACUGUGAUUGGGUGAGAGCAGAGGGCGUCUGGACAGAGGGAGCUUCUUAACACUAGUGUGUGUUGUAGUUUUCAACAGCACUGAUUCUUCACUGCUAAUAAAUUGUUAGGACAGGGCUAGCAUGGUACUAUAUUGUAAACUGUUUAAUGCAAGAAAUUCUUUGAUAUUCUUUUGAAAGAAAUAAUGAAACUAUUCAUAAAUCAUGUCUCCACCCAGCCUUCAUGCACCUAAACAGAGUUCUGUUAAGUCGGUUUGUAUAGUUGGAAUCGAGGAAAAAAUAUUUAAUCGUGUUUCUCUAUCCGCUUCCAGCCAUUAAAUGAUGAUUCAGGAGAGUUUUUUUUAUAAGACAACAGAUCCAAUGAUUUAUUUAAAUGUUUAGAUGGUCUUUAUCUCAGAACAACACUGUGUCUUUUAUUCUGAAGGGACACCAGGAAACUCCUCUUCUGCAGUGUCAGAUGUGGCCUGGUCCAUUUUUCUGGAUGGGACAGACUUAUCUCCAGUUUAACUGUCAAACUGGGCAGCCUUAAACAAGCUGAUUGGUUUGCAGUCAUUAUUAAACCCUUAUGUGGUGACCCCCCACUCAACAUAAACUGUAUCCAACUUGGCAGGUUCUGCAAACUUGUUAAAAAAAAUAUAUCUAUAUAAAAUUUGCAAUUUGAUGUGGUUUUUGGAAAUGCACUCCAGUCAUUCAGCCUGUCAGCCGCUUUCCAUCCUUUAUUUGUUAAAGCAACAGUUCAUAUAAAUGAGGAAAAUACUUUUACAUGGUGACUCUUUAAGGCAUGCACUGACAACCCCAGAUAUCCAUUUAGAAUUAGAUUUGUUCUUUUAUGUGAGCCAAUCAUAUUGAACCAUAGAUGUCUCCAGCAAUGUUUUGCUUCUUAAAAAUGAGUUUGACUUAUAAUUUAAUAGUGAAGGUGUCAGUGGGUCAGGUGUUUGAUUUUCUAAACUACAAAUUCUGAAAAGUUCUAUUUGGCUCUAAAUGAAAGUCUGACAGUGAAAAAACAUGUCUUAAUUGCAGCUUAUUUUCCAAGUUGGGUCUAACAGGAUUUCUGCAGGUUUUUAAAGUCCUACAUUUAAUAAUGUCAAUUAAAGAUUUAAAAAAAAAACAUA